GUUCUUGUUCUCUGCAACAGCGUCCUUGUUUUCUUCAGUCCGAGUCUUUUGCAGUUCAGAUUCAAACCCUUCAAAGCAGAUUGGCCCCUCUAGUUUAAGGUACUUCUUUUUGUUAGUUUCAUUUUUGUUUCCUGAAUUCAGGAAGUGAAAUUUUGAGCUUCAGUUUUUAAUCAUGUACUUAAGAGAAGGACGUUCUCUAUUGCUGAAAGUUAGGAAACCUUCAAUCCCAUUUAUUUUAAACACAAACCCACUUUUAAAACCCAACAAAGAGUCCCAAACUGAACAAAACCAAAACCAAUUCGAAGAAUCCCAAGUACUGAACGUAUUAAAACAAGAACCCAACAUUUCUUUAGCUUUACAUUAUUUCAAAUCCAUAGCCAAUUCAAAUUCCUUUAAACACACCCUGAAAACAUACCAAUGCAUGGUCCAUAAGCUUGCACUUGAAUCUGAAAUAGAUGGUAUCCAAUAUCUUUUACAACAGAUGAAGUUAGAAGGAAUUAGCUGUAGUGAGGACUUGUUUGUAAUUGUGAUUGAUUCUUAUCACCAAAAGGGGUUAGGUGAACAAGCUUUGAAAAUGUUUUAUAGGAUAAAGGAAUUUGGUUGUGAACCAACGGUUAAGAUUUAUAACCAUGUUUUGGAUGCAUUGCUUAGUGAAAAAAGGUUUUCCAUGAUUCAUCCGAUAUAUGGUAAUAUGAAGAGAGAUGGUUUGGAGCCGAAUUUGCAGACUUAUAAUAUUCUUUUGAAAGCUUUGUGUAUGAAUAAUAAGAUAGAUAGUGCUUGCAAGUUGAUAAAUGAAAUGGCAAGCGUGGGGUAUUCUCCAGAUGCUAUGUGCUAUACCACUAUAAUUUCUUCAAUGUGUAAGCUUGGUAAGGUUGAAGAAGCAAGGGAGCUCGUGAUGAGAUUUAGAUCAUAUGUGAGUGUGUAUAAUGCUUUGAUAAGUGGAUUUUGUGGGGAAUACAAGCUUAAGGAGGCCCUUGGUUUGUUAGAAGAAAUGUUGGUGGAGGGAUUAGACCCUGAUGUUAGAACGUAUUCGAUGAUUAUCAGUUCCCUUUCUAGUGUGGGAAAUGUUGAGUUGUCGCUUGCAGUUUUUGCCAAGAUGUUUGUGAGAGGAUGCAGCCCCAAUAUCUACACCUUUUCUUCCUUGAUAAAGGGGUAUUUCAUGGCAGGAAAGGUGCAUGAAGCGUUUGACUUCUGGAACCAGAUGAUUAGAGAGGGACUUGAAGCAAAUGUGGUUGUCUAUAACACUGUAAUACAUGGUCUCUGCUUAAAUGGAAAGGUGGGUGAGGCUUUAUCUGUCUCCUAUCAGAUGGAGGAAAAUGGCUGCCCUCCAAAUGUAACCUCAUAUAGCUCUCUUAUUAAUGGAUUUGCAAAGGUUAGUGACUUGGUUGGUGCAUCUGAAACAUGGAACAGAAUGAUGACUAAUGGUUGUCAUCCCAACGUUGUGGCAUACACCAGCAUGGUGGAUGUCCUUUGUCGGCAUUGCAUGUUUGACCAAGCUCAUUCUCUUAUAGAGAAGAUGGCAUUGGAAAACUGUUCUCCUAACACAGUUACUUUCAACGCAUUUAUCAAAGGUUUAUGUAGUAGUGGAAGAAUUGAUUGGGCAAUAAAAGCACUGGAUCAAAUGAGGAAUUAUGGUUGUGCACCUAACAUCAUAACAUAUAAUGAGCUACUGGAUGGUCUCAUCAAAGUAAAUAGACUAGAAGAAGCAUUUGAGCUUGUGAGGGAGAUUGAAGAAAGAGGGAUAGAAUGGAAUUUAGUCACUUACAAUACCAUUUUGUCUGGAUUUUGUCAUCCUGGUAUGCUUGAUGUAGCUCUGCAACUUUUUGGGAAAAUGCUGGCUCGAGGUAUAAAACCUGAUGCAAUCACAUUUAACAUAAUAAUGUUUACCUACUGUAAGCGGGGUAAGGUGAAGAUUGCUGUCCAACUUUUUGAUCGCAUUCGUGCUGGGGGUGACUGGCAUCCAGACAUAAUUUCAUACACCAGUCUUCUAUGGGGCCUCUGUAAUUGGAUUGGUAUAGAAGAGGCCAUCAGUCACCUUAAUAAGAUGAUAAAUGAAGGGAUAUGUCCCAAUGUUGCAACAUGGCAUGUGUUAAUCCAUUGUUUGUUUAACAACUUGGGUCAUUUGGGACCAAUUCAUAUCUUGGAUGAUAUUCUAGGUAAUGGAUGAGAAUGUGUUCGGGCAUUCUUUUUGUACCAAGGCAGAUUUAGAGGAGAAUUCGCUCUUGCUGAAUUGUUGUUUAACAUAAUUUAUUUUGUAUUGGAUUGUAGCAGGAUAAACAUUCUAUUUACUUUCAAGUGUGGUUAUACCAUUUUUUUUCUACUCAAUGUGGCUUUGCCUUCUACAUUUCAUUGCUUUUUUUUCUUUUCUUUUUUUACCUUCUAUACUGUAAAUGAGUCUUGGCCUUUGAAUUUUGAUUGAUAACCAGGAGAAAAU